AACGUGUUUUUUAUACAAACAGCUAUAGGAGAGAGAGCAGGUGCUUCCUGGGGUCAGGCAAAUUUUCGUAUUGUCUGUCGCCGUGCGUGUAAUUUUUUUAUUCAACCACCCCUCCGUUUCACUGCUAUUUCAUCGGACGGAGCCGGCACAUACCAAUUUUACUGCUGCUCCGCGCAUGCAUUAUCAAACGCUUGAGCUGCUGUGUGUUUUGAAUCGGUUGUGCACGCGACCAGCAUUAUUAUCGAUCACAGCCGCGCCGCACGUUGCUUGCGUUAUUACCAUUUUAUUUAUUCACUCGCCAUUGUCCACUUGGCAUGGGAAGCGGCAGACAAGCAGCAAAAUGACCGCUAGCAAGCUGGGCCUCAAAUUCGACGACCUCGGAAGGGUGCGCGUCGUCGACGAGGACACGGCGGUCGCCACCAACGAACUGCACGAGCAGAGCAAUGAACUGCUCGAGAAUAUUAUAAAAUACCAGAAAAUAGUUGAAGACCUAGUUUCCGUCUCAGAAACACUAGCCGUGCAAGUAGAAAAAGAAAAACUGCUAGCUCUACAAGCCAGCAUCAAGCUGCAACAUGAAGUCGAGCAUCGCGAGCUGAUGAAACAUCAGCUUCAGAUUCAAGCCCUGGAAAAACAAGCAGAACUGGAACGCAUGAAUGCUGAAUAUCACAACCUUCAAAGGGUGGAACAGGAGCAGCAAGAUUUUAUGGACCAGCUAGCAGCGUAAUUAUCUCAGUUUAAAUGGGGAAAUGUGAG